UGCGUCGGGAAAUCCCCUUUAAAUUCGUUUCAGUUCUGUAUUCACAGAACCGAAGCCGAGAGGAGAGGAGAAAAAGAAAGGAGAAGAAGAAGAAGUCGCCGCCGGCCGUGCUUUCCUUUUGUUCCGCCGCCGUCCGUCGCCGACCGCCCUCGCCGUUGUUCCUCGUCGCCGUCUGCCACUUUAGUCAUUAUGUCAUAUCGACGAUCAAAUUUUAUGGAGACGGACGAUAUGUUCCUCCAGUUUGAGGAGGAUUUAGAUAACAUUGCGGGAGGGUCGUCAUCUGUGGGCGACAAUACGGGGUCUUCUUCUCAACAAACGACUCCGACUCCUAGGAGACGUGCGCAGUCUCGACUCUUGGAGUUAGAGCGCCACGUUGCAAUAAAUGGGCGCAUUCCGAUGACGAUCGCCCCUGGAGCGGAGAAGCCUAUUUUUCCACACGCCGUUCGCUUCAGCCAAGCGAUAGGCGUGUGCGUGCGAAAGACAUUUCCCGUCCGCUGUCUUAAGUGGACGGACGUUGGGAGAGAAUACAUUGAGGUCGUCAAGGGCGACCUCCAGCGAUUCUUUGUGCUUGAUUUCAAUGAUCAAGCAAUGAACAGGUUUGUUGAGCAUCACAUGCUCACGACCUUUAAAGAGUUCCGGGCCGACUGUCAUAAACAUUUCAAAAAGUACAGCGACCCGGAGGAGGCUCGUGCCAACCCACCAAACGCAUUGGUUGGACGUGAUGAGGAUUGACACUUCCUCUGCGACCAUUAUAUCAGCCGUGCAUUCCAGGAGCAAUCACGGACAAACAAGGCUGCUAGACAGAAGCAGCCUUACAAUCAUAGUAGCGGGUCCAAGUCGUUUCUACAACGACAGUAUGAGCUCGCUGAAAGAAGAGGGCAGCCGGUCGAUCGUGUGGAAUUGUUCCGGGAAACACACGUUCGAGCUGGAACAUUCGUGUCGCAGGCCGCCGAGGAUGCGCAUAAUCAAAUGCUGGAACUCCAAUCCCAGCCUACCCCAGAGGGUAGUCAGCCACUCUCUGAGGAUGAGAUAUGCGAUCAGGUGUUGGGUAGACGACCAGGCUACUCAAAAGGCCUUGGUUGGGGACCCAAGCCGAAGGCCCGCAGAACGGCAAGUGCAAGCAGUUCGUCGACAUCUUGUUCGCAGUCCACACAAAAAGAGAUUGAAUUACAAGCUAAACUUCAUGAAGCUUUGGAACGGAUUGAAGUACAAGAUAGAAAUCACCAAGCAUUAGCUUCACAAGUGGAAGCUAUGAAAAAGAUGAUUGAAGACCUAACUCAUGCACAACAGGGACCACCACAUGAUCCCUAGCCCUGCGGUACGUCGUAUAUGUCUCUAUUAUUCUUAAGUUUUUGCAAUAUAUGAUUAUGUAUUAAACUUAGUUAUUUUUAUACCAUUUUUAGGACCGAAGGUGUAGAAUGACGCGCAUACGCACCUCGUUGGGAGAUUGGGUCUUAUGUUUAUGUUUUUUGUAUAUUGAGAACUAUAUUUUCUUGUAGUCAACUUAUUCGUAUUAUUAAUUUUAAUUCUAUUUUUUAA